AAGGGUUUUUGGAAAAUCAGCCCAGCAUAUAUCUUCUGGAAAACCCCCAUCUUCGCCAGUCUUAAACCCUAGCACGAACAAAUAACCAGAGCACUUUCUCCUCCGCCUACACUUUGAGCAGGUUGAAGAAGAAGCAGCCAACAUGUAUCUCCAGUACUACAUAAACGAGAAUGGCGACAAAGUCUACACCACUAAGAAAGAAUCACCACUGGGGCUUCCCACUCAAUCUGCCCAUCCGGCCCGCUUCUCCCCUGACGACAUGUAUUCAAGGCAAAGAUUUCUCCUGAAGAAACGCUUUGGGUUGUUGCCGAUCCAGCAGUCACCUCUGAAGUAUUAAAUACUUAUAAAGGUUCAGCUGCUUUCAAGGGCUUCGUUUGAAGUGUCUCGGACUUUAGGGUUUUACUAGGAGUGCUAUCUUGUUGGACCUUUCUAUUGGGGACUGUAACUGGAUAUGUCUACCGCUAGUAUGCAAGCAGCACAAAUGGUUGUAGACUGGUUAUGUGUUAAGUUUUUGAAAAUGUAGUAGAUUUCUAUGAAUAUGCUUUGCAAAUUUACUUUCAACCUUCAUAUCUACUAAAGUUUGUGCGUAAAGCUCCCGUAUCUACCCAAAUAUAUCCAUCCACUUAAAUAUAUUGGGUUGUCGCACCCUUCA